AUGCCCGACAUCUUGUGGACCUCUGUUUCUGAGCCUGUUGCGACCGUAUCCACGUCCAAGGCAUUCUUGGACGUUUGUUCUGCUCAUGGGUUAUCACAGCACGUCAGUACAUAUACACAUGGCUCUAGAAUACUUGAUCUUGUUUUAUCCAGUGAUGAUAAUUUAGUGAAUAACCUACAGGUGGGUCCUCCUAUAGGUAACAGUGAUCACUCAGCAAUCUGUUUCUCUCUCAAUCUUUCCUGCGCUAGAGAUCUUUUUGCUUAUAGAGGAUAUUUUGUGCUUAUCUUCAGACGAUGGAUUGGGUCGGGUCCCUUAAUAGUGCGGCUACGAUUGAUGAUAAGUAUGAGCUCUUUAUCUUUAUUCUGCGUCAUACUAUUGAGUCAUUCGUUCCCCUGGCUAGGGUCCCACUACAAAGGAAGCAUCUUCCUCGGCAUCUCCGCUCCCUUCAUAUCAGGAAAUCAGUUGCUUGGAGGCGGGCCUCCACUAGUGGAUUGUAUGAGGACUGGAAAUCGUUCCAUUGCUGCCACCUUCGACAAGAAAUUACGCAAGUACAAUAGAUUUAUCGAAAGGAAGCCUUAUAUCGUACUCAACGCAAGGCUUUGCGAACGUCCCGGAAUGGGUGUCCUCAAAGCUGUCGAUGGUAGUAUUGUUCGAACGGACUGUGAGAAAUCUGAGUUGUUAGCUGAUACCUUUGCAAAAGCUUUCAAUCCGCCUAGCGCCCUCAACAUCCCCUCUUGCUCUGCGUCCUUUCCGACCAUGACUGAUUCUACUCGCUUCAGUGCGGACGAGAUCUACCAACUUCUCAUUAAGUGGCCCUCCUCCACCUCUGAUACUCCUGACCAC